AACAGUGACGUCAGCGCGCCGCGGCGUUGCGGUGACGCGCGGCGAUUGGGUGAGCGCGGAGCUAAAGUGAGCAGCUCGGCGAGGAAAAGAUAAGACAGCGACAAUAACAGCAGCUGCAGAGGCCGCGGGACGCUCCGCCAACGCAAGCCCACACUCCCGGACUCUCACCGCACAUCAACUCGGGUAAGAGACCCGGUGUGAAGAUGCCUCAAUGGCUGCAAACUUCACCAUUUCAGACAGCGAGUCGGAGCCGUCGGAGGAGAUAGAGGAAGCAGAAAUGAGCCAAUCAUCGACUGAGUCAGAGCAUCAGGUUCUUCAGCGCCACAACCUCACCUUACCUGAGCUCAGAAUAGCAGCAACUGGUAGAAUCAGGCUGAACUCAGAGUCCCACGCCUCCACUGUCUCACGAGACGAGGAGCUCCAAACCAGGGCGGAUGAGGAAGUCGGCACGCCCACCGACGGCGCUCCAUUCCGAGGACGGUCCAAGUCGGCUCCCCCUGCACUGUGGGCGGCAAAGAAGUACGGCCAGAAGCUCCGGAGGAUGAGCGACGAGUUUGACAGCCUGCUAGACAAAGGGGCAAUGAGGAAGGUGAAGAGUGCCGGGACGGCCAAACAGAUGCACCACUCUAAAAGCUGGUGGAGCUACCUCUUCAGUCACCAGGAGAUUGAGGGAGAGAACAGCCACCUUGAGAAUCACACUCACCGCACUGAGUAGGCACUGAGGGUGGAUAUAAGAGCAACUUAGGGGAAUCAAUGGGAACAAGAAGAAGAGAAGAAAGCAAUGGGGAAGCCAAUUGAACAAUUGUGAUUGAGAGCAGUGAGCUCUGCUCUGAGUAGAAAUGGAAGAAAGGUUGGUUUGAUCAAAAGGCUCCAAAGACUCCAAACACAAAGGCAUGGCUAAACGGGACAAGUAGUACAUAGUACUGAGGUUCUAAAGCCUCUAGUCAUGUAAAUUUUAAAACUAAAUUCAUAUAAAUUGUGUGUUUUUUGUUGGUUGUGAUGUGAACAACACUGUUAGGCAGCUCACUGUGAACUGGUCAAAUGUGAGAUGAGCAUGAGGACAGACCUGUGGCUUUCCAAACCCACCGUACAAACGGAUGGAAGGACGGCCAGAGAGAAGAGAGACGACCUCUUUAAAACGCAGCAAAAGAAUAAAAUGAGGGGACUAGAAAGGUGAACUAUCAGUAAGUAAAAGACACUCAACCGUUUCAAUUUUCUCACAUCAACACUAUGCAAUAUACUGUAGAUGGAGAGAUAAAUGAGCUGAAAACAAAACGUGACUGAGGCCACCGUGAAUGCUGUUAGAACUUCCUUCCUUCCUCAUUUUCUUGAGGAUAUGUCAAGUCAGUGUGAUGCUUGUUUUAAUCCAAAUGUUGGUGCUUGGAUCGCACAAGAUAUCACUGUAUUGUGCCAAAAUAAUUUUCAGGCAACAGAAGUGAGGAGAGAGUGUAAAAAAAGGAAGGAUCUUCUUUAAGUAUUCAACUCAGGGGGCCUUUCUCCAACUUCCUGUUCUGCUACCAGAACUCUUUCUGCCACUGUACUCGACUAUCACCAACUGCUUUAUAUCUCAAAUUUAUCAAACAAACAAUCUUGUACAAGGACAAUCUUUGACAAUGCAGAAAAAAAUAUCUUUUGUACAACUUCAGGGUUAGAUUAUAUCGGAGGAAAAUGACAUUAAACAGACGUAUACAAAAGAAAAGAAAGCACAAACCCAUAUGAAUCUAUCUUUUUAAAGCCUUGAAUGAGCAAAAAAUAAAACAGACUUAGUAAUUUUUAUGUGUAAAUAUUGUGUUAAUAUUUUAUCAAAUGGCAUUGGAUGAGGGGUUAUACGUGGCGUGGUUUUAGCUAGAAACUAAUUCCACGAGUUCCUAUUUUAUAAGUCUGGCCAACCCAGCAAUAGGCAAUGUACAAUCCAUGGCUGUUGUGAUAAAUGUUAUGUGCUUAUUUAAAAGUUGUGGGUGGUGACGGAGUAACUACUGUGCAAGGUUUUAAACACACAAGCCUUUGGGCCCAUUUACUCAGCAACCUGUGCAAAUAGAAGAUGGAUUCAGAGAGUUCAGCCCCAUCUGCUUCUUGCAAUCCUGUCAUGUUUAUAUAAGAAUUAAAUGUGGGGCGGGUUUUGACUUUGACCUGCAUUGCGGUGUGAAUAAAAUGGGAUAAAGCUGUUAAGAGUGCUGAUCUAAUUUCCAAUUUGUUAUUUACAUGCUUUUGAAGAUUCCUUGGCACAUAUACCCAAAAUACUACCUUUAUUUAAGUUCUAAUUGUUUAUAUGAAUCAUUAUACAACUAAGAUCCGCACCUCUAAACAGCUUGGUAAUCGAUUCGGCUAUUUGUGAUUUGUUUAUCAAUAUGUGAUUAUAGGAAAUGGUAAUAGGUUUGUUCUCCUUGUGUCUUUCUCUCGACUCGUAUGGUCGAGUCGUGGUGUGCUCAGCUGUGCAGGUCAAGGGCUGCGUUUGUUAUCGAAAAAUAACCUUUGCUACAGCUUUUUUUUAUACAUUAAAAAAACAUGUCUAGGACAAUUUUUAAUCACAUUAGAGAUCGUGACAAUCUGAAUGACACCAACCGUUUUUUCUAAGAUUUGUCCAAGUGUACUGUGUGUUUUUGUAAGAUGAUGAGUUGACUGAAAUAUACGAGCAACCGUUUACAAUGAAUUAAUAUCUGGUAUAAAGCUCCUAACACAAUUAGAAUAUUCUGUUUGAGUCAAACUGCUAACUCCACUGUUUAAUGAUAUGAGAUAGAAACAGCGGAGCCAGGAAUGAGUGUUAAAGUGAUAACAGUACUUCUAACAUGUCACUACCUGUACAUCUACAUAUACAAGUACUGCAGUUAGCAGCUGUGUGGUGUUGUGAACUUGGGACCAGAUAAAACUGUUUCGCUCCUUACAAUACAGUUCAGCUGAAAUUUAAAAGAUUAUAAAUAUUCUUAUGAACUGCCUUGAACAUGCUGGUACCUGCGACGUGACACCACACAGGCGGCCUUGUGUCUUUACCUAAUCUACUGCCUUAAAUAGUCACAGCUCACUGUCACACAUUACUCAAGAAAGAAGCACAAUAACGUGGUGGUGCGUUCACUAUCGCACUUUUUAGUCGAAGUCGCGUGACCAGUAACGGUUUUGACUUUGAAAACACUUGUGACGGUGAACACACCCCUGAAGAAAAACCUGCCGUGGUAUCUUGAGUUCUGCAACCAUCCUUAGUAUUACUUGAAUCUAGAGACGUGUUUUGGAGAAACUGAAUUUUUAAUAUUCCCCUUUUAUUUUUUUUGUUGGAUUCAUUUUCAAUGACUUUUGUACAUGUAUUUUCUCUACAGCUGUCUAACUUCUGGUAUAUGCUGUCCUGAAUAAAUACUUUUAAGAGUGGUUUUCAAGUG